UGAAAGCAGCGGAGUGUGGCUGAGUGGAAAGGGAGGAGCACCGAGCAGACAGCAAGGUUACACACGAGGAGGAAUUAAACAAAGCACAGACAGGGACAGAGAGGAAAGGACAGGCAGAGCUGUUGAUAGUAGGUUUACAUCUUACCUCAGCACUAAUUACUACUUUUUCACUGCAGCAGAAAGAAAAGAAACAGAAACUAAGAAAGAGAGAGAGCGAGAGAGAAACAGCAAAGCGAAGGUGCAGCUGAGAAGAGGAAGAAAAGGAGGGAGUAGCGAGAAAAAAGUUAGAGACAGCAGUUUAAAAGAAAAAAGUCCAGGAGAUUAAAUUGAGGAAGCGAAACCAGAAGGGAGAGACGAGGCUCUGAGGAGUGAGCGAGGGAGGGAAAGUAAGAAAACUGCAGACACUCAUUGACAGAGAACACUGGACUUAACUCCACGGUUUACUGACAUCAGCAAAAACAAAAGAAGAAGAGCGUCACCAAAAAAAAGAAAAAAAGAGGUCACUGUGGUGGUGUGUUGCCUGCCUGAGCUUGUCUACUAUGCAACCGAGUCAGCUGAGAUAGACAGACUCAAGCACGAUCCCACUGUUUACUUCAAAAAAAAAAAAAAAAAAAAACGACACUUCUCCCGGUAUCAGCACCAUGUUGAUGAAAGAGUACCGCAUAUGCAUGCCACUGACUGUGGAUGAGUACAGGAUUGGGCAAUUGUACAUGAUCAGUAAGCACAGCUGUGAGCAGAGUGGUGGGGGAGAGGGGGUGGAGGUGGUGAGGAAUGAGCCAGAUAAUCACCCCAAGUACGGAGCGGGACAGCUGACCGAGAAACGAAUCUACCUCAGCAGUAAACUGCCAUCUUGGGUAAAAGCAUUUGUCCCUCGAAUUUUCUACGUUACGGAGAAGGCCUGGAACUUCUACCCAUACACCAUCACAGAGUACUCAGUAUCAUUCCUCCCCAAGUUCAGCAUCCGUAUUGAGACAAGAUUCGAGAACAACAACGGUGAUAACGAUAACGUGUUUGGGGACAAGCCAACCCCAGCAGAGAAUGUGUGUUUCCUGGAUAUCCUGAGUGACCCCAUCCCUGAAAAGCACUACAAAGAAUCAGAGGACCUGAGUCUGUGGCAGUCAAGUAAAACUGGCCGAGGACCUCUGGAGAAGGGCUGGAGGGACAGCCACAAACCUGUCAUGUGCUCCUAUAAGAGGGUGGAGUGCAGCUUUGAGGUCUACGGCUUCCAGACCAAGACAGAGGAGUUCAUACAUCGAAACAUACGAGACAUUCUCCUGGUUGGCCACCGGCAGGCAGUGGCAUGGGUAGACGAAUGGCACGGGCUCUGUUUGGAGGAGGUGAGAGAGUACGAGCGGACGAUGCAAGAGAAGACCAACAGCAAAGUCAAAUGCAGCCAGAACAGCACAGAUUCAGGGGUCGUCCCUCGUCCUGCGUUUUUUCGCUCCAUCUCUGUGACAGAUGAGCGCAGCCUUAAGAAGAUGGGAGUGACCACUGCAGCCGUACCUGACCCCUCCCACAGUACCAUUCGCCUGAACUCAACCCCCGAAUGACGCCUCCCUCUCUCUCUCACACAGACACACACACCUUGCACAGUGCAAACACAACUCAAAUACAGUGUCAACAUUCACCAGAGUCAUGUGAUGUCAUCUCUCAAAUAUGAACACACCCAUAUGCAAACAGCAACAAGAUCCAACAGACACCGUUUUUUGGGAAAAUGCUUUGUUGCUUUCUGGAGCAGAGUAUGAUAUCAAUACCUUCUACUUCUUUUUUGCCUUAAGUUACUGGUUCUAGCUCAGGGAAAAAGUACUUCACUGUUGUUUUUCUAUGACUUUAAGAAAAGAAAUUGUGAGCUGUAGAAAUGUUGGUAGGGAGAUUUUGUUACUUUUGCGAGAGCCGAGCUUGAUGUUCUCUCUGUUUUCUGUCUUUGUGUUAAGCUAAACUAACUGGCUGCUGGCUACAGUUUCUAGUAUCGAUCUCUUCAUCUAACUCUCUGCCAAAAAGCAGCACAGAGCAGUUCCCAAAAUACUAAACUAAUCCUCCAGCACCACCUAAGAAUUAUUCAUUACUUUUUACUUUGUUCAUAUGAAGUAUGUUACAGAAUGCCGCUCAAAUGCACAAGAACACACAAGCGCCUUGUGUCUACUCAGACAUUUUCUACAAAUAACCUUCAAGUGUCCUCGACAGAUUGUAAACACGGUGCAUUUCAGCACUUUCUCUCAGUUCCUCUGUUAGAGUGGAGUGCAGGACCCCCAGCAGGGCUCUACGAUUGUUUCCGAGCCCCCAACCAGCAGCGUACAGACAGAUGCAUAAGGAGUUUAAUAGAGUGGAUCUAAUGAGAGAGCAUGAGAGAAGGGGGGUGGGCUGUCAAUGCAAUGGAUCAGCUCCCCCUCCCCACCUCAGCCAAUAGGUCAGACCAGGUGUAUUGACAGAAGGUAGUGAGGCAUUGUAUUGGUUCCUUGAUUGCUUAGCUGAGUGUUGGGCCAAACGCGAGCUAAACUUCAAUUAUGUAUCAAUGGGGUGAGCAUUUAUAACAUUAUUAGCUCAUGUACAUUUAAAAGGAGAAUGGGUUCUUGUCACCGGGUAUUAAUUAUGUAAACUGAAUAGAUGUAAGUUGUAUGAUAAAGUGUUACAUACUGCUGUUGCCUUUUUUUGUAAAAUUACUGGAUUUUUAAAUAGAAUCAGAUGGAAAAAUCAUAUAGAUGUUACACUGUAUAGUCUUUUAUAACGGCUCUGAUUAAUAAAUACAAAUUCUCUCUAA